ACUAAUGGAGAAAUCGCACACAUUUGCCAUCAAACCUGUAUUCCGUGAACUCACUGAUUAUAAUGGCUUAAAUCAACUUGAAUUCAGCCGGAUAUCCGAGUUAUUAAGCGCCACCACUAUAUUGAAGUCAUCCACGACUAAGAAUAUUCUUGAAAAAUCUGAGAAACAGAUCUCAGAAUUUAUAAAUUUCACACAAAUGUUGAAUUCAUUCACAACUAUCUGUUCCGACGAUCAGUUUUCGCUCAUCAAGAAUGGCGCCAUUGAAAUGAUCUUGCUCAGAUUUUUGACAUAUUUCAAUGAAAGCAAUUAUAGUUUUACUGUUCACUUGGAUAACGACAGUUCAUUAGUGUUUAGUUUGGAUUUACUUAAGAAUAACAAAAGGAACAUGUUCGAUUUAAACUCAAUGUUUUAUACCAACUUGCUAACGGAGUGGGAUCACGACCUUGUUGUUAUUGAUUUGACUGGAACAGCAACUGUCGUGAGUGAAGUCCAUAAAGUGAAUGAAAUCGAGGAUAUGAAACCGUAUAUCCAUUCCUGUGGACCACUAUUUAAAGAGAUCUAUGACUUA